AUGCCUCAAACAACAGAUCACCAAAAGGACAAUCAUGAUCAACAGCUAAAGAAUUCCGAUAAUGGACGUGUACUUAGCAAUGGUAAUGUUGUUCAGGCACACUUGGACGCUAGAGGUGACCGUUUAAAAGUAAUUGUCAAAUUGAACGAUGGCGUCCAGAUAGAUUUUCCCGUACCUACUUCGAAAGAAAUUCGUGAUCGCUUUUUUUAUAAAAAAGCAAAAUCUUCCGAUAAACCCGCUAGACCUCCAAAUAAAUUUUUUAUCUUUCGAACCAUGUUCCAAGGUGCUGUGGACACCUUUAAACUUCAGGUUCCUAUCGUUUCAGGAAUCGCUAGUGAAAUUUGGAGAAAAUCUAGCGUCGAGGUUAAAGAGGUCUUUACGAGGCUUUCCAAUAUUGCAAAAACUGAACAUGCCGAAAUUAACCCUGGUUACGUCUAUAAACCGCAUAGAAAACAAUCGCAAUCUCAAGAUAUUGAUAAAAACUUCGAUAUGGUUUCUAAUGAAAAAAUCGAUGUUGAUUCCUCUUCGAGUCCUUCUUCGAGUACUCCUUCGUCGCCUUGUACUCCCACCUUACCACUAUGGGCUUCUACUUACCCUUCAAAACACCCUGAAACUCUUCCUCAUUCCAAUUUGUCCACGCAACAACAAUUACCCCAUUUUAACCCUACUCCGCCGUUUACUAUGAACGACCUUUCCCAAAUUUCUGAUUCUUAUCCGGCAACUUUUAUACAACCGCAGCAAUUAACUUACUUAUCAUUCAACGAUCAACAUUUGAUAUCUCAACAAAUGUUGCAAUCUCGAUCCGAUUCUUCUAUUGAUCAAAUUCCUUUGGUUUCCUAUCCCGAUUCUUUUCAGCUUUAUCAUGUCUCACCUUCGGGCUCUCCCACUUACUCUUUAACAAAUGACGUUCUGGUGGAUCAAAAUUGUUCUCUCAGAUUGCAACCUUCCGAUUACAACAACAACGAUGGAAACUCGAUUAUGCGAUCCGUUCCGUUGCCAUAUUCCAUGGAAUAUUUUCAUCCAAUGCAUCAUCAUCAUGAUUCGUCCCAUAUAAUCGAUGAUCCUAUACAGUCGGUUUCUCCUCAAUUUUCUCAAUUUCCGCCGAAUUUUAACAAUGUGAUCCCAGAAUCGUCCGUAAUUUCCGGUCGUCAACAUUUUAAUGUUGAUGAGGUCAUAUCGCGACCUCAAGAUCCAAUACAAUUGGAUCACAAUUUUUCUCAAAAUAUUCCAUCGAAUAUUUCGCAUACUCUCUUACGUGAUGAUGAUUUUUUCCUCGAUACUAUGAAUGAUGACGCGAUUGUUAUAAAAAAUUUAAAAGAGGAGGAUUUCAAUUAA